AUGGACAUCGAGUGCUGCCCUCAGCGCGACAAGAAGAAGAUGGCCAGGGCCUGCCGCUCCAUCCCCAACUACGUGCAGAGGAGCUCCUUCUUCAUCGUGCUGGUGCCGCAGUCCCUGCACGACAGGGGCGUCGUCGUCGACAUCCGCACGUGGGAGCGGCGCGCCUGGUGCCGCGGCGAGCGGGCCUUCAACGCCCUGUCCGAGAACCCGAAGCUCUGCAUCGUCGCGGAGUCAACGACCUCCGUGUACGUCCAGAUGUCGCGCGAUUGGCUCUGGCGGCAGCCGUGCACCGGCGACCUGACCGUGGAGUCGGACCGGGACGCGAUCGGGAAUGCGCUGCUCAGUGCGCUGGACCUCUGCGCCGAGCACGCCCGCCAGAAAGGGGACAUGCUGAGGUGCCGCAUGACGCUCGCGAUCAAGUCCGAGCAGCUGAGGGGCAGCGACUCGGGCGCCUUCGCAGAGCCAGCCUUCGACGACUGGAUGGAGCAGAUGGGCUUCACGUCUCACGAGGACGGACGGGAAGGGCACCGGGUGGACACCACUGCGGUUCGCCAUGUACGCGGGUUUCCUCAACGUUGCCAGGGAGCUCGUGCAGAGGGGCGCAGACGUGGAAUCCCCGCUUUCGGAGGGGAACAACACGUGGUGCUACAUGCAUAUGAAGGGUUGUACCAUCCUGCACGGCCUGAGCUUCAUGCGCGACGACCCCGCGGGCAUGGAGUUUCUCAUCGAGCAGAAAGCGGACCCCACUAA